AUGGCCGAUUCCCCAAGCCGCUCCGGCAGCCUCCGAGUCCGCCGAACCCGCGGCGGGCCCUCGCGAAACUCCUCCGCACGCUCCUCGGCUGCAUGGGAGGACUACUCCUACCUCCAUCCCUCGGGCAGCUACCAACAGCAGCAGCUACCGCAGCAUGCGCAACAACAACUCCCCCACGCCCUGCGAUCGGCGUCGUCGCGAUUCUCCCUCAACGAGCAGUUCGCCGCCACGCGACAAGAGUACGAGUUUGGCGACGACGACGCCUCCUCCAUCCUUGAGCGCAUGACGCUCGCCUCCGACGUCGGCGACGAGAGCACAAUUGCCGUGAGCACGGGCGGCAGCGGCGGCGAUGCGACACAAGACAUUGACGGCGCCGAGGCCGGCGACUACUACGACCUGCUGUGCCUGGUCAAAGACCCGACGCUGACGCCGGACCAGAUCCGGAGGGCGUACCACCGGCUGUUGCUGUAUCUGCACAGGGACGGCCUGCCCGAGAACCUGCACGGCGUCGCGCAGCCAUACUUCAAUCAGGUGCAGAGGGGGUUCGAGACCCUGAUUGACCCGUACCGACGGGCGCUGUACGACGCGAGUCGGUUGCGAGACGUGACGAAUUCGCCCGACUUGCCUCUCGACGAGGACUACCGAUAUGCCUAUGAUAUGUCGCUCAAAGAGCAGCUGCGGCAGCGGGCGGCUGAGGUGGUGCAGACGUCGUCGGAUCUGGGCAUCCGGUUCGACGCGUCCCAGGCGCUGCGGCGGGGGUCUGCUGUCACGCCCCUCGACUUUACUCUGAGUCUGCCGAUGCUGGGGCGAUGGAUUGAGAGGACGGCGGCACCGAAGGCGCAGCGCGUCUCGUCGGUGUCGAAACGAGUGCCUUCGAUUGCGCUCAAUGAGAGCGACGAAGCUGGUGUUGACCAGCCCCGGGAAUCCAUGAUUUACCUACCGCCCCCACAAGUGACGUUGACCGGAUCUGUUUAUGGCAUCGUGGAGGAGAUAUACCGGGUCCCGUUGCCAAUUUUGGCGGAUCGAUACCAACCGUUACUACCUCUGACUAUACCCCGGAAACGCAUCAUCCAGCUGGCAGAGCAGCGCCCGUGUCCCCUCGUCAGCCUCAAAUUCCAACAGGACAUCAUCCACCGGACGGCCGAAGACCGCAUCGCAAAGACAUCGAUUGAAGUAGAAACCGAAGCACUCCCAGAGGCAUCGCUAACAGCCAAAAUCUCACACCCAAUCCACCUACCAAACGCCCCUGAUCCGAUCCUCCUCGAGGGAAGCAUAAAGUCAGGGCGACCAUGGACGCAAUCCGCCCCGCGCGUUGGCCUAGGGAUCCACCGCUGGAUGGGCGCCGGCACCGCGUACGCAAUCGCAGACAGCGGCGACUGGAGCGUCUGGCCCGGCGAGACCAUCAAGCUCUUCACAGAUUUCUCGCAAGUGAGCAAGAACCAGCUCCUCGCCGAGUUCCCAAUGAAAACGUCCGCGAGCUUCGAAGUGGGCUACACCACGUCGCCCGAGCGCGUCCCGUCCACGGCCCACGAGGAUUCCCCGCGCGGGGAGUGCGGCAUCCGGGGGCUAGACCACGAAGCGACGAUCACUAACGACGGCUCGUGGACCGUCUCCACCUCUUUGACGGCAGACGCUAUCGGCGGCUACCUCCGCUACGGCAAAGACAUGCCAGCGCUCUCGGCAUCUAGCUCCACCGUCCCGACCAGACUCGAACUCGAACUCUGCACAAACACCCUCCUCGACCGCCACCUUGCCGUCCGCAACCUCUGGCCCGUAGGCCGCUUCUCCAAACUCGGGCUCGAGCUCGGCGUCAGCCUGCACAGCCUCCACCUCUCCCUCUACUGGUCCCGCCUCAGCCAGCGUCUCAGCAUCCCGCUCCUCCUUUCCCCGCGCGCCGACUACACCCCGUCCGUCUUCUUCUACGCGGCCGCCGUGCCUUUACUGGCGUUCGCCGCGCGUCACUUUUUGUCUUUUUCCUCGAAACCAAAACGCGCUCGCGGGGCCCACUUUGGUGAGGUGGAUUUACAGGCCUAUGUCGCGCGUAAACGGGCCGCGGCGGAUGAUAUCGCCGUCGUGCUCUCCGGAGCCGUGGAGGCGCGGCAGCGCGUGGAGCGGCAGCGGGGCGGGCUUGUCAUUCUCAGCGCGAAAUUUGGCGUCAGGGGUGAAGGUCAGGCCGGCGACGGGGAGGACGAGGGCGAUGGCGAUGGCGACCCAGACUGCUGGGCCGCGGAAGAAGUCGCAGACGUCACCGUCGCAGUAGCAGCGCUGGUGGAGGACGGGAGGCUGCGGAUCCCGGCCGGGGUGAGAAAGGCCUCGCUGUUGGGGUUCUGGGAUCCGGCUCCCUUGCGGCGGAAAGCGCUCCACGUGAGGUAUCUGUGGCGCGGGAGGGAGAGCACGGUCGAGGUCGCGGGGCGGGAUGAGCUGGUUCUCCCACCCGCAAAGAGGGAUUUGUCGUGA